AUGUUCAGCCGCCUUCGAGCCACCCUGGCCUGGGCUGGGCUGGCCAGGGUUGUCCUCUCAUAUCGAUGGCAUUAUACGGAAAAUAGAGUCAUCGUCCAAACCCUCCGUCCCAACCUGCCAUUCCCGCACCACUCCACUCGCCACGUGUCGGCUUCGGCUUUCAAGAUGAAUACCCUCUUCAACACCGCCCUCAAGCAAUCCACCUCUCUCAAACGCGACCUCUCCUCGCACGCAGCAGGCCAACCGCUCUCUCCCUCCUUCCUGGGCCAGAUCUCCGCCUCCCUGACCUCGUUCUCGCGUACCCUCGACUCCUACGCCGACCUCCUCAAGACGGAACUCAACCCCUCCAAGAAAGAAAAGGCCGAAGAGCGCCUCAGGUCCUUCCGCGCCGAGCUGCAGUCCUUCCGGGAAGAGUUCAAGGAGCUGAAGCUGCAGAACGAUGAUGUGCAAAACAGCGUGAACAGGCAGGAGCUGCUCGGCCGGCGCCCGCACCAUACCGCCACGCCCGACAACCCGUACUCCAACGCCGCCGUCUCGGCCAGUGCGAAUGUCGCCUCGCCCUGGGCGCCGGCACACGGCGGGCAGAGCAGUCUGAGCAUGCAGUCCGGGGACCAGGCGCGGGAGGACCACGCGCUGCGGGAGCAGAACUUCUUCGCCAACACGCACACGGCGCUGGACGAGUACCUGGCCCGGGGCCAGGCCGUGCUGGGCGAUCUGGGACAGCAGAGGGAGAUGCUCAAGGGCACGCAGCGAAGGCUGUACAGCGUCGCCAACACGCUCGGGGUUAGCGGUGAUACGAUACGCAUGAUUGAGCGGAGAGCGAAGCAGGAUAAGUGGAUCUUCUGGGCGGGUGUGCUGAUCUUCUUUGGGUUCUGUUGGCUGGUGCUGCAUUACUUGCGGUGA